AUGUCCACGCACGAAGGUUAUCUCAUAGAGGUUACGCCAUUGAUAACGGGAGAAAAUGAAGAGCCUGAAUUUGACUUUUCAAAAUAUGGCUGGUUUGCUACCUUUCGAAGGUCAAAAGCCGCGGUAAUAUGUGUAGCUUCAAUUGCUCUCUUUACCGAUAUGAUUGUAUAUGGUAUUAUAGUCCCUAUCCUUCCUUUAAUCGUUCGGGAACGUCUCGGAAUGGAUUCAACGUCAACCGGGAUACUCUUUGGAUGUUACG